UGAACGGUUGUAUAAAUAUAGUUUAUUCUCAUUCAAUAAAAUACAAUUUUCUUUGAUCAGUCAACAACAAUUCUCAUAUGGUAUCAGAGCAUUAAAAGCUCUAAUAGAGUUCUUUGUUUUCCUAUCCAGUCUGUGCCGAACUUUUUCUUUUUACUCUUUGAUAUGGCUGACCAAACACCCAUCUCCUCUGCUUCUUACUCUUCUAUGGCUGAUACUCAAAACUAUGACUUUGCCAAUCUGGUAUUCAUUAAUGUUGCUACACAGGCAACAAUUCGGCUCACUCCAGAUAACUUCUUCACUUGGAAAGCACAGUGGGAUGCUCUUCUUUAUGGAUACGCACUUACAGGUUAUGUUGAUGGUUCUUUACCUUGUCCUUCCCCAUCCUCCAACCUGGCGUAUUUAUUUUGGACUCGGAAAGAUCAUCUUCUCUUUGGAUCUCUCCUUGCUUCUCUGUCUCCUGACCUUGCAUCAAUGGUGCUUUCAGCUAAAACAUCGCGUGAGUUAUGGAGCAAGCUAUGUCUCAUCUAUGCCAAGCCGUCUCGAUCACGCAUCAUUAGACUUCGAGAAAAGCUUGUUCAACCACAAGGAUCUUGCAGUAUCACAACUUACAUGUUUGAAAUCAAAGCAGCAGCAGAUGAGUUACCCUUGCUUGAUGAACCGCUCAAAGAUGAAGAGAUAACAAUUUAUGUCCUCAAAGGCUUAAAUCCUGAUCUAAAAGGAAUCUCUGCUGCCUUGAGAUCAGGGGAUACAGAGAUCUCCUUUGAAGAUCUCCAUGAACGGUUGCUGGAAUAUGAAGCCAACAUUCACAAGUCUGAUAUUCACACUCCUCAUGAUAUCAUCAGCAUAGAUCAUCAGAUGUACAGGGAAGCAGCUAUUGGCCAAAUUUCUGCAUUUGAACAACAUAAAGAUCGUCUUCAUCUUUUACUGACUCGAGGUAGGAAUACAGUCCUCCAUAUCCAUUUCAAAAACAGAUUAUCAUUAGCUGAAAAACAAAAGUCUUGGUCAAAAAUUCUAUUUAAGAUGUUUCCAGUAAAUUGUGGAAACGAUGGAAAUGAUUCUGAAACAAAGUCAGGCAACUUUGUGAAAAAGAUCCUUGGCAUGUGUCCAAGAUUGUUGAAGCAACAAAACUUUAUGGGAGAAACGCCGCUGCACGUAGCAGCAAAAUAUGGGGAUGUUUUCGCCGUGGAACUACUUAUUGGUCAAUGUGUUGAUCAUCAUGUAGACAGUGAAAGCGGUUUCUGUGGGGUCAGCAAGCAGAUGUUGUUGAGGAUGAAGAAUAACGCCGGAGACACGGCGUUGCAUGUAUGGCUUGGGCUUAAGCUUCACAAAUACAGUGCUCAGUGGUCGAAACAUCGUGAAGUUGCAGAGAUUUUGAGUGAAGAAGCCAUUGAGGUCAUGUAUGAUGGUAAUGCAGUAGGCGAAACUCCUCUUUACCUAGCUGUCAAGGCAGGAUUUUAUUCUGUGGUAAAAAAAGGGUUGCACAACAUGGAUGCAAAAACAACUUCUACUUAUUAUGGUGGCUCCGAUGGCAAAACUAUUCUGCAUGAGGCAGUAAUUUCCAAUUUUUUGGGUGUAUAUAAAUAUAUAUAUAUACACUUCAAGACUAUUUAUAUAUAUGUUUAAGAUUUAGUUUCAUAUGAUUUUUAAUUUCAUAUAUUUAAUUGUUGUAGGUAUCAGCGUUAUUCUGAAAAAGAGGAAAGAGUUAUGCAGAGUAGCAGAUGAUGAAAAAGGUUGGGGUCCAUUACAUUAUGCUGCAAACCGGGGAAACAUAGAUGCACUUGAAGUAUUGUUAGAAUAUGAUCCAUUUGCAGCAGGUAUCAAAGACAAAAAUGGUCAGAUACCACUUCAAGUAAUAGCCGAUCCCAAAAUUUGUCGUUCAUUUAUAAGAGAAAUUAUGUCAUGGUCUCCAGAUUGUUGUGAAUCAUUAUUGGUCGAUGAAAAUUUUUAUCAUGAUGACCAUGCUGCCACCGAGUUCGACAAGAUCACAAAACAAGACCGUCGAAUUAUCAGAGCCUUUGAUCUCAAUUUUAUGGAAUUUGAAGGAGAAACCAAAAAUGCUUUCAAGAUUUGGACAAAGGCGUUCAAUGAUCGUAAAAAGCCGGAUAAGAAAAAGUCGUUGGACAAAGACUCAACUCUAGUGGUAGCUGCACUCAUUGCUACUGUGACAUUCGCAGCCGGUUUUACUAUACCAGGUGGUUAUUUGAGCGGCGGUGAUAACCUGCCAAGCAACGCAGGCUCACAACCGGGCGCUGCUGGAAGUGCAGUUCUAAGCGAAAAUGCAGCAUUCAAGGCAUUCCUUAUAUCGGAUGCAAUAGCCAUGGCGCUUUCUAGUUGUGCUGUAUUCAUCCAUAUGUUCUUGGCACUCAAAAAAGAUCGGACAAAGGACUCGUCAUAUUUCUUGCUCGCAUUCAAGCUCAUCAUAGUGGCCAUGGUAGUCAUGGUGAUUGCGUUUAUGACAGGCAUUUAUGCGGCCUUAGGAUCUUCUAAUGCAUUCGCCAUUGCUUCUUGCGUGUUCA